GUAAGCAUUUUGGUUAUACGAACAUGUUUAUUUUACCACUGCAAUAAUGCUAUAGCUACUAGUAGCUAGCUAAAUAACCCAUUAGGUAGCAUAUGCCUGCCGUUCUAGCUGCACUUGUGAGACGUUUAGAGAUAUUAAUGCACGCUUCGAGUAUUGGUAUUAUAGCACGCCACAAUAUGAUUAUGUUGCUUGGCUGGUGUUCUACCUAGCUAGGUAGCUAUUUGUUGUAUCUUAUUUUGUUGUAUUUAGAUGUGUCCGAAAUGUGCGGAUGAGUAAUAUUUUCUAUCAACGUCGUGCUGCGGUCCGCACGGCUCACCUCGUGGCAGUCAGUGAUGACGUCAAACUUGUAAUGUUAUGACAUUUGUGAGGUUUGUGGGCUCCAUCUAGUGUACUUUACAGACAAUUCCGCACUAAGUUCAAUCAGGACAUGGGCUUCAUCGUAGCUUCUUUUUUCUCCUUUUUAAAAAAGGAAGUAUACAUUUCUUUCUGCCAUCUGAAAAUAUACUGUACAUAGAUUGAAUAAGAACAACUGGAGGGGUGUUUGAACCAGCGUCACCAGGUUCGGACCAACAAGCACACUACUUACUACAUGUGCCAUAGAGGUCCAGACAUCUUGGUAGAAGCAAUAGUACACUCCCAUACUUGGAGGCACUAUAUUCUCCAGAAAAGUAUCCCAUGCACAAACCAGAAUGUGAACAGGGGAAAACUUCCAUCAAAGGCCAGAAAAACCAUGGGUUUCCCACUGCUGGUACCAGUAGUGUAGGUGCUCUAACCCAACACCUAGCAACCUCAUCAAAAUAGUUUAGGAUCUCUUGGCCUAAUGGCAAGGUCCCAGGUACCACUCCGACUUCGCUACACUGGUGUCAGAAAUGGGAUGGCCCCGAUUUGCGCCUGUGCCCCAAGGGUGCAGGCACGGCAACUAGAGAAGUGCGAGCCAGACUAUUCGAGGAAGGUUGUAGGGUGUAGCGACCUUAAGAUUCUGAUCUCUUAGUGUAACAGCUAAGGUGUUUGACAGUCGCAAACCACCCAGCUGCAAGCCCGGCCAGUUGGGACUUCCCUUCUCCAAAAUCGGAGCAAACAGCUGGAACAGGUUUUGAACCAGCAAUGCUGUGGUUAUGGGGUGACUCGAGUGCAGUACCACCUGUACCAUAAAGGUCUAGACCUCUUGGUAGAGGCUGAAGUGCACGACGUGCCACGUAAUGUUGGAGAUGGCGCAGACUGAAUUUUGCAACCCUGUCAUUGAAUCAGUUGGUGUAAAUUGUGUUACUUUUGGGGGGCUUUGUGAAUAUAGGCCUAUUUCAAAUUCACAAUAUUAAAAUCGUCAGUGUGUUUUAAAAUCACCUAACAUGCAGCCUAAAAUCCUUAAAAAAUAUGUAAUAUUAAAAUAUGAUAUACAAAAUGAGGAGAGAAAGAAGUAGGCUCAAUGUUUUAUUGUAUGUAUUGUUGACAGUAGUCCACUGCUCCUAUGUCAUCACAGGUUAUCUACCCUUAAAUGUUUUGAACAUCCCAUAAUGCGGUGCACAUUUUGUGAACAUAGAUAUCAGCUGUACCUGUGGUAUGAAAAUCAAGACCAUACCAAGGUCAGGGAGGCAGUCCGAGAUUGUUUGCUAAGAUGGAUGACGAGGAGACCUGGCUGACGAUUGUGGCACAUUUUGGGAGCAUGGAGAGGCCGGAGAUAGCCAGACUACUAAAUUGGGCAAAGGAACAGAAGAUGGGUAUUGGAAAAAGGCCAUCAGUGCGUGUUCUGCAAGCAGUACUGCGGCAUGAGCGUGGUGAACGGAUAGACAGAGUGAUUUGAAUUUGUGCUUCAGUAAGGUUGGCUUCUUAGCAUUCAUUGCCAUGGUUUUAAAUUGUACUGCAGAAAUGGAAUGUAAAUCACAGAAAGUAGACGUUGUGGUGGCAGUACUUGGGUGUGGAAGGUUUUACUAUGAAAGGUGUGUUGAACGAGAGUCCUGUCCUCCCAGGCCGUUGGCCUGGUGUUGGAUCAGUUAGGGUCAAAGUAGUGGAAUGGGGUGGUGAUUAAAAAAAAAUUAAAAAAAAUUAAAAAAAAUUAGAUGGGUGUAGGGUUAGUUGGUGGUUCAUUUUUUUUUUUGUAUUACAAAAAUGUACAUGAUCGACCACGCACUACCGCACAGUAGAUGGCGGCAUGCGCAAACAAAAUGUGCGAACUUCAUUAUAACCGAUGAAGAAGAAGAAGCUGUGCCUAUGUAUCGCUGCAGUGCAUUGGCAAAGGGACAGCAACGGAGCUGCUCAGGGCUGCUGAGCAAAUAACAUCUCAGGCCGAGUUGGAUAGGACCCUAUCGCAGUUUCUAUCAUUUGAAAAAAAGAUCUAGAUCGACUGGAGAGUGCUUUAAAUUUAAGUGAAUCAGAUUGUAACCAAGCCAUUUGUGCUUUUAUUUAUUUUUUAUUUAUUUAGGCUAUUUGUUUUGUAUUCAUUUAAAUGACCCCGACUCUCACCAAUGGUGUAAGCUGUGUUCGUCUCUGCCUGGCAAACCAUUUUGAUCAUCGGGUAUUUUAUUUAUUUAAAAUAAUUUAAGUGUUAUUGUUGUACUCCCGGAAGGGAGUCCCUUUACGGAAUACAGCUGGAUUGCAUAGGGAAUCUUCAAAUCUGUCUGGGCUAGGAGGAGAUUCGAUUUUUUUCCAACCGGGAGUGGGGGAUAAUAUGUCCAGGCGAAAACAGAACAACCCCUUCAAAGUUAAUUGGCCCUUCCACAGCACCGGCUUUGCAGGCUCCCUCCACACUAUUAACAUGGAUGGCAGGGACGAUUUCAUUGAGGACAGUGAAUGCCACAGCAACAAUUCCCAACAGGACAGCAUUUCAGGGCUGUGUUUGCCUCCAUAGAAGACAGUGAUAGCGACCUGGACAACCACGACUCAUCCUCCAACACCUCAGCUGAUGACCACAUGACCUCCACCAAAAGAACACACCACAGGGGAGUUAAAGAAGAGGGCGAGGAGGGGGCCGACCUGAUGAACAGCUGUGUGUGUCCUCUGUGCACGCUGGAGUUCAGCAGCCCCGAGCAGCUCAUCACACACGUCUACCAGCACACAUCGUUGAUGGGCAGCAGUAAGAACUACGUGUGCCCAGUGUGUGGGCGCGCGCUCAGCUCGCCAGGCUCCCUGGGGCGCCACCUUCUCAUCCACUCUGAGGACCGCCUCUCCAACUGUGCUGUGUGUGGGACACGCUUCACCGACACCAACAACUUCAAUAGGGAGAAGCUCAGAGAGGUCCUGAACACAGGCAGCAGUAUGGAAUGCAGCAGCGGCGAUGAGAACUGUUCCAUGUCCCGGUCUCUCUCUGGCAGCCCCAUGGGCAACCCUGGUCAUGGCCUGGGACACGGCCACGGGCCCGGCCACAACCAAGGACACGGCCCAAACCAAGGCACAGGCCACAUCCCGGGACACAACCACGGCCCGGGAUACAACCCCGGCCACAACCAAGGACACAACCAUGGCCAAGGUCCCGGACUCCUCCCAAGCCACCCACUCCCCUCGCUGCACCACAGCCUCCUCUCUUCGCCCCCCUCCUUCCCUGACACCCUCAGCCCCUCACCAGGCCUACCCCUGCUGCCAGACAUCCUGAGCCCCAUGCCUGUGCACCCGGCCGGAGUGCUGCUGGUGUGCAACAGCUGUGUGGCCUACCAGCAGCUGGUGGACGCCCAGUCUCCCAUGAGGAAGUGGGCCAUGCGCAGGAAGAACGAGCCGGUGGAGGCACGCAUGCACCGUCUAGAGCGCGAGCGCUCCGCCAAGAAGACCAAGCGGGAGCACGAGUCGCCCGAGGAGCGGGAGCUGCGAAGGCUGCGGGACCGCGAAGCCAAGCGGAUGCAGAGGCUGCAGGAGACAGAGGAGCAACGGACACGGAGGCUUCUGCGCGACAGGGAGGCCAUGCGGAUGAAGAGGGCCAACGAGACGCCAGAUAAGAGGCAGGCCAGGCUGAUCCGUGAGAGAGAGGCCAAGAGACUGAAACGGCGGCUGGAGAAGAUCGACCCCUCCCUGAGAGGUCAGAUAGAGCAUGACCCAGCUGCUAUGGCCGCCCUGACGGCAGACAUGAGCCUGUUCCAGUUCCCCUGCCCCAUGCCUGUCCCCUCUCUAGACAACGGCCUCUUCAUGAAGCUGCCCUAGCAGGACCAGGUCACUGGGGGCAGCACACUGGACCACUAACAGUUACAAUGACUUACUCCACUACGCCUAUGGGUUGCCAUGGUCACAGAUGGAACCAUUCCAUGCUGGUUGAAAUUCCAGCAGCUUCUGUGUCCAACGACUUGAUACCCAAACUCCUGUGUCAACAAAUAACAUUAAUUUAUUACAGACUAGCAGGAAAUAAGAGCAGGGUCAAGAAUGUUUCACUUAAUGAUAUUGAUAAAGCAUGUUGUCAAGAGAUUUUCUGUUCUGCGGGCUAGCAGACUUUGACUUAGCAGCCCAUUGUGACGGGAGCAGUUACACCCUUCCAUCUUUUGCACAUGGACCUUCAGUGGUGGAAGUGAGUCACGUAGCCCAUAGCUCUUUCCCUCACCUCUGGUCCCUUCUGCUAGCCCAGUCGCUGGAGUUUACCAGUAGCUACAACUCUCUCUGUCUCACGCUGCCAACAUGGGUCUCUGCUCUGGCUAGCUCAUAUCCACCCAAUCAACUACCUCAGUAAGGGCCGAGGCUGAGCCCUCUGUGGUCUACGUUCUGACUCCAAGCUUCUUUACACGUACACUACAGAAGAGAAUGUUUCCUUAGUUUGAGGGUUUGUUUAUAUCUUUAGGAUGUAUUCACAGCUCACUGGGGGAAUAUUCAACAGGACAGAACGUUCAGAAAGACAGUCAGAAAUGUACGGUAUAAAACGGGAACGAUAGAAAACGGGCCUGUUCUAUACAUCACAAUUCUAUCCGCUAUGCUCAGAAUAUUCUGUACUAUUUAAUGAGCCCUGUUUUGAGCAACAUUCUCCUUCAUUCCAGCAUGUUCUCUUCAACUCAAUAUACAGUUGAAGUCGGAAGUUUACAUAGACUUAGGUUGGAGUCAAACCUAUAGUUUUGGCAAGUCGGUUAGGACAUCUGCUUUGUGCAUGACAAGUAAUUUUUCCAACAGUUGUUUACAGAAAGAUUAUUUCACUUAUAAUUC